AAAUAUAUUAUGACACAAAUAAAUAAGCACAAUGACUAGCAGAAAAAGUACAAUCCUUUAGGCACCGCUUUUGCCGUUUCCCACCGUCACGAAGCAAAAUCUUUUUCUCAAACGACCGCUUUAGCCCUUUUUCAUCAGUUUGCUUUCUUCAGACUCAAUCAGGAGUAUUAUUUUACAGUUGUUUACGUAUUCAAGGCGUAUAAAUUUAAGGAUAACUACACACACGAAAUUAAUUAAUAUUCAUAUUUGUAAGUGCAUAAUUUGACGUUUAUAUCAGAUCCGUUCCGUGGUGUGCAUCCAGCAUUCAAUUAUAGGUCAUAUUUCCAUCUAGGUUUUUGUUUUUUGGGCGUCUUCUUUUCUAGGUCACAGUUUCCGAAGAUUUUAUUCUGUGGGCAUCCGGUUUUAUUGCAAGAAAAAGCUGAGAUUUUGACAAGAAAUAUGGAAUCAUCAUCUGGGGCAGCGCCGGAAUUCGAUUAUUUGUUCAAGUUGUUGAUGAUUGGAGAUUCUGGGGUUGGGAAAAGUAGUCUUUUGCUGAGUUUCACAUCUGAUGCUUUCGAGGAGCUAUCUCCCACAAUUGGAGUGGAUUUUAAGGUAAAACACGUAACACUUGGAGGAAAGAAACUGAAGCUUGCAAUCUGGGACACAGCUGGACAGGAAAGAUUUCGGACUUUGACUAGUUCCUACUAUCGAGGGGCUCAAGGAAUCAUCAUGGUAUAUGAUGUGACACGAAGAGACACCUUUACAAAUCUAUCUGAUAUUUGGGCUAAAGAAAUCGAUCUCUACUCCACAAACCAAGAUUGCAUCAAGAUGCUAGUUGGCAACAAAGUAGAUAAGGAGAGCGAAAGGGUUGUCAGUAAAAAAGAAGGAAUCGACUUUGCUAGGGAAUAUGGCUGCCUCUUCAUCGAAUGUAGUGCCAAAACUCGUGUCAACGUGGAGCAGUGUUUUGAGGAACUUGUCUUGAAGAUCUUGGAUACGCCUAGCCUCUUGGCCGAGGGCUCGGCUGGUAAUAAAAAGAACAUCUUCAAGCAGAGGCCUCCCGAGUCUAGCGAUGCAUCGAGCAGUUGCUGCUGAAUCUUUUAUCGCUUGUGUUUUCGGUUUCGUGUUUCUGCAACUUUCAUCUCUUGCAUAAUAUCGUAUGUUGCUUAAGUUAUCUAACAUGACAAUCUUGUUUGAUCUUUUGUUUUCAUCCAUAGAUUGGUGACUGCAAAAGAAAGUAUAAUGUAGUCUUAAAAGUUGGUUUCAGAUUUACUUUUCUCACUUUUUAUAUAAACUAGAAUUAUCGUAUAAAAUAUAUUUUGCUGAAGGAUUA